AGUGUACAGGUUGGGGCCUAUUGAUGAAGUGAAAGAGGAAGAAAAAGACGUGUCCAUUUCCGUUCACCGAUGGCUUGUCACUGCACGCAUGGUAUUUUGCAGGCUUGAGUAAGCAAGGGCGCUUGAUAUUACAAAAUAUACACGUGUAAAUACAUGCAUGUUACAUGUACAUGUCCAAAUUAUUAUAUCAGAGAAGCACGGGGUAUAUGAUUGCAUAUGCAGCUUUUUCGCAGAUUAUGCGAAAAUUACCCUAUGCUUAUAUCAUUCACAGCAAUUGGUGAAAUAUUUUGCAAUAAGACUUGUAUGUGUAAAGUUAAUGCAAUUUUCUAUUUAAUGAAGUCGAAGUCUCCGUGGGUUUUUUCAACCGUAUCAUAUCGACCAAUGACGGUUUAAAUUGUCCAGACUUGUGACGACUUCACUACAAUCCAAACAAGGAAUAGAUUUUUUUUUAAAAGACUGUUCGCAAUUUCACAAGAAUUAAAUGGGUAUUUAGAAAUAGUAUUUAAAUGGCAAGUUUGUCUUGUGAAUUUUCAAUGCAGAUUAUGUUGUUCGUAACGGGCUAUUUAUAGGCGUCGACCAGGUAUAGAGCUGAAACGUCAAUGUAUCCGACAGGAAGUCACGCUCCUCCAGAAAAAGGAGGUGGAUACCCUCCGGCUCAGGGAGGUUAUGGGGGCGGGUACCCGCCUCCCUCUGGGGGUGCUUACCCACCGCAACCUGGUGGCUACCCGGGAGGAUACGGAGCUCCCCCUGGCGGUUAUGGAGCUCCCUCUAGUGGAUAUGGAGCACCUCCUGGCGGUGGAUAUGCACCUCCCCCGGGGGGAUAUGGUGGGUAUGGACCUCCCCCAGGAACGGGACCAGUCGGCCCUCCCCCGGGCGGCUACGCUCCGCCUCCGAUGGGAAACAUGGGAAACUUUGGACCUCCAUCAGUCGGACCAGUUUUUAAUCCGCCUACGCCUUACCAGGCACCGAUUCCCGGAGGGGCCCAUCCGGGCAGAUCCUGCAUCAUUAAAGGCAUGCUUACCGGUGACGAUGGAUUUUUCGUUAACCUGAAAUGUGGAGAAGAAAUCGGUCUUCAUUUCAAUCCCCGUCCAAAUCAAGGCUGUGUCGUCCUAAACCAUAAUCAACAUGGAAGCUGGGGGCAUGAGGAAAGACAUGGCGGGAACAUGCCCUUUCACCCUGGGCAACCUUUCGAGCUUUGUGUAACUUUUGAUCCCAACCAAUAUAAGAUAUUUGUUAAUCAUCAGCCGUUCCCGAGCUUCAACGCAAGAAUGUAUCCGAUCGAGAAGUACGAACUGCUUGAGGUCGGCGGGUCGAUUCAAAUUCACGAAAUCAGAUUUUCGUAGGCGUUCACUAUCAUGUGAUUGACAGCCAAUGUCUUGUAGACGCUGUGGUUUUAUAACUUUGAUUGGGUUUUCUUUGUAUAUCUUUGUUUAGCUAUGUGUAAAUCAUUAAUUAGAGGGAGGUAUUACAGCAGAAAUAUUGCAAGCUUUGUACAUGUCCAUAAGUUUUUAAAGAAUUGAAUAAACAAUUUAUCUUUGCUCCAA